AACAUCGAUGCUUAUCCACCUCUAGUUUCCCUCGGUCACACUAUUUUUUUUACUGCGCAAACGAUUUGUCGAAUUGGUGUUUAAUUGUUGUUCCCAAAACGAGCUCCUGCUCCAACUUAAAGUGCAACUAAUUCUUUAAGAACCCGUAAUUAAUCAAACGAUAAAAUGCCCAGCAUCAAGUUGCAAUCGUCUGAUGAGGAGAUCUUCGAUACGGACAUCCAGAUCGCCAAAUGCUCCGGAACCAUCAAGACCAUGUUGGAGGAUUGCGGCAUGGAGGAUGAUGAGAAUGCCAUUGUGCCGCUGCCCAAUGUGAAUUCCACGAUCCUUCGCAAGGUCCUCACCUGGGCCCAUUACCACAAGGACGAUCCGCAGCCAACGGAGGACGAUGAGAGCAAGGAGAAGCGCACGGAUGACAUUAUCUCGUGGGAUGCCGACUUCCUGAAAGUCGACCAGGGCACUCUGUUCGAGCUCAUACUGGCUGCCAAUUAUCUGGACAUCAAGGGCCUACUGGAGCUCACCUGCAAGACGGUGGCCAAUAUGAUCAAGGGCAAGACUCCGGAGGAGAUCCGCAAGACCUUCAACAUCAAGAAGGACUUUACGCCCGCCGAGGAGGAGCAGGUGCGCAAGGAGAACGAGUGGUGUGAGGAGAAGUAAGGAGUCGCCGCCGCCGGGACCAAAUUGAAGUUAUAAAAGCUGACGGAAGCGAAGGAGAAGCAGUCAAGCCGCGUGGCAGCUUUAUUUAGUUGCUAAUCACAGCUCACAACUCAUUUUACACAUUUUUUUGUUUAUAAACCAUGAUGAACCCUCAUUUUAAAAUCUUAUAUCUGAUCUGCUGCAAGCGUCCUUCGUGCUUGAUGUGAUUCGCGGCUUUAAAUGUAUGUCGUACAGAUAUUUCGUAUAUACGCGAAAAUGCUAAAUUCUCUGUAGCCUAUGAAUAUGCAUAAGAACACUUUGAUUUCACCCUAAUAAAUAUGUACUACCCAA